UCAGAUGAGAUUACUAUUAAGCAAAUAGAAACCAUUGUGAAGGAAGUGGGUCAACCCUCAGAGGACGUUGAUGUUAAGCUUAAACCAAAACGAAAAACUUCCCUCAAAAAGGAAACGAAAGAAAAGUCUCCUGAAGAAUCAUCUGUUAUUAUUAAACGUCCGAUGAAAAAAGUAGAGAAACCAAAUGAAUUUGAGCAGCACGAAGAAGUUUUCACAGUUAAAAAAACACCAGAGGAAUCGAUAUCAUUGAACGAAGAGUUCUCUGAAACUGUUGAGUUCAAUAUGAAACCAAACCGUAAGCCUCCUAUUUAUAAUGUAGAUGAAGGAACUGAGGAAUUGUUUCAAAUAGAACUAAAACCCAAAAAGAAAUUACAGGAUAUAAUAAUUUACGAAGAAGAGUCAUUAGAUUUUAAGGUUAAACGAAAACCUUCAUUACAAACUUUCAGCCAAGAUGGAGAUGAGCUGAAACUAGUUCAAGAAAAAGACAUUUUCUUGAAGGAUAAUUCCACUUUACAAGAAGAUAGUCAUGAUGGUGAAAUAAUGUUUGCAAUCCGCUCAUAUAUUGCUGAAAAUGAAGACGCUUUAGACUUAGUCGAAGGAGAAAAAGUUUAUGUUAUAGAAAGCAAUAAUCAAGAAUGGUGGUUUGUAAAAAAACAUUUAACAGAAGAAAAAGGGUGGGUUCCUUCUAUUUAUUUGAGAGACGAAACCAGCUACAUGCGGUACGUACAAAAGAAAUUACAUGAAAAAAUUGAUAAACUACCGAUUUUCCAAAGACAUGUUUCAAUCGAAAAACCUUCAGCUCCACGUUUUGUCGAAAAACUCCAGCCCAAACAUGUACCAGAUGGUGGUACAGUUCAGUUUGAAUGCCAUGUGGAAGGAAAUCCUAGGCCUCAAAUCACAUGGUUUAGGCAAACAGCAAUAAUUAAACCAUCUCAAGAUUUUCAAAUAUUCUAUGAUGAAGAUAAUGUUGCAACGUUAAUAAUUAGGGAAGUUUUUCCUGAAGACGCUGGCACAUUUACGUGUGUUGCUAAAAACGUAGCUGGAUUUGCAUCUAGUACUACGGAGUUAACCGUCGAAGCACCAUUAUCAGACCACGGUUCUGAUGUAACAGGUCUUUCCAGAAAGAGCAUGUCUAGAGAAUCGUCAUUAGCUGAUAUACUAGAAGGCAUACCACCGACGUUUUCGCGUAAACCAAAAGCUACGUGUGCAUCAGAACACUCAGAUGUUACAAUUGAAUGUCGUCUUGUAGCCGUGCCAGAGCCUGAUAUAUUCUGGCAUUAUAAUGGUAGAGAAAUUUUGAUCACUGAUUCCAUUAAAGUGAAUACAUACUCAGAUAUGCACUUCUAUGUGAGCAGCAUUAAAAUUAAUGAUGUUCUAAAGACUCAAGAAGGUGUAUACUCUGUAAUAGCAAGAAAUAGAGAAGGUGAGGCUAAAAUGGAUUUGGUUCUCAAAGUUAAAACUGGAUUACCAGAGAAACCACAAAUACUUGAACCUUUAUACGACAUAACUAUAAACGAGGGAGAAACUGCAGUUUUAAGUACUCAAAUCAGCGGAGAGCCCCAGCCUAUAGUCGAAUGGCUAAAAAACAGUAAGAAAAUAACAGAUGCAAAAACAAUUGUGACGAAAGAUGGCGUCCAUUCAUUAACCAUCGAUAACCCAACUCCACGUGAUUCCGCAAAGUACACUGUUAUCGCUUCAAACAAACUUGGUGAUGCACAAACUACGUGUUUCUUGGCGGUUGAAGAACUCCCUGGUCCACAAGCGCCGCUGUUUAUUGAGCGUUUCCAAGAACAAACCGUCAAAGAAAAGGGAACUAUUACGUUGAUAGCUAAGGUAACCGGGAAUCCAGUUCCAAUGGUUUCUUGGUUCCGAAAUAAUAGACCAUUACUUGCUUCACCAAAGAAAAAAGAAGUAUUUGAUGGUGAAAAUAUCGUUUUGGAAAUCGUAAAUGCAGACAGUGAAGAAGACGCCGGCGAUUACAAAUGUGUAGCAUCAAACACAUUUGGUACCGCCACACAUGGUGCUAGAGUGUCGGUCGAUGUUCCACAAGUGAAAUUCACACGACCAUUGAAAGAUGUGGAAGUCGAUGAAAAACAAUCAAUUUAUUUGGAGUGUGAAACAUCACAUACAGUUUCCACAAAAUGGCAAUUAAAUGGCAAAGAUCUCACUGGUAUGGACCACAGAGAACUGCACCAAGAAGGACGAUUCCAUCGUUUAAUUAUAAAAAAAUCAAGCAUUCUCGAUUCUGGAAAAUAUACUUGUCUGGUUAAAGACCAGAUAACUUCCAGCACAGUAGUAGUUCACGAUGUGAAAGCAGAGUUCGUUAAGAAACUUGAGGAUGUCGAAGUAAAAGAGAACGAUUGUGCUAUUUUGGAAGUAGAAGUUUCUUCGGAAACAGUAAAUGUUACAUGGCACAAGAACGGUGAAAUGCUUACGGACGGUAUGAACAAUAAAGUAUUCUUCGAAAAGGAAGGUCAAACACGUAAGCUAAUUAUUCGAAGCAUAUCUGUUCACGAUGAUGGUGAAUAUACGUGUUCAUUGGGUGAACAAGAAUGUACAGCAGAAAUUAAUGUUAUAGAACUUGCACCACAAAUAAUUAAAAAACUAAAAGAUCAAAAAGUUGCUACCGGUGAACAAGUGUUAUUUGAUAUAGAAUUAACUAAAGGUGAUGCGUUAGUUAAAUGGACAAAAGAUGGCAAAGAAUUACAGUUAAAUGACAAUGUGAGAUUAACCAUCGAUGGUAAACGACAAAAAUUAGAGAUAGUCAAAGCUACAAGAACUGAUACUGGAGUUUAUGGAUGUCAAGUUCAUGAACAAACUUGUACAGCAAAAUUAACCGUCGAAGAACCAAGAGCAAGUUUCGUGAAAAAAUUACCUGAUAUCACACUUGCUGUUCAAGGAAGUGAUAUUAAACUAAUUGUUGAACUUUCCAAGCUGGGUGUGCCAGUAAAAUGGCUAAGAUCAGGUAAAGUGAUAAAAGAAUCUGAUAAAUAUGAAAUAAUUUCUGAAGGAGCCGUCCAUACCUUAGUUAUUAAAAAACCUACUACUGAUGACGAAGCAGAAUAUAUAUGUACUGCUGUUAACGUAAAAACGUCAACAAAAUUAAAAGUUGAAGUUAAAGAAGAACCACCCAGAAUAAAUAAUCUUCCAAAAGAAUAUCGUUUGAAAAACGGGGAAGAUCUAAACGUGAAUGUGACAUUUACGUCAACACCGUUGCCAACAGUGGAAUGGUUUAUCAACGGACGUGUAUUAAUAAAAUCAAAUAGAGUGUCUUAUUCUAUUAGUGAAUCAUCGGCUAGUUUGACUAUCACGAAGAUAGAAGAAGUAGACACGGGUGUCCUAACAUUAAAAUUAAAAAAUAUUUACGGCGAAACUUCUGCAGAUAUGAACGUUAUUGUUAUAAAGGUACCGGGUGAACCAGGAGUUCCCGAUGUUAUUGAAAUUACAGACACUUCUGUCACACUUCAUUGGAAACCUCCACAGUUCGAUGGAAAUUCACCUAUUGAAGGUUACGUUGUUGAAUACCACGACAAAGAUGAAUUUAUGGUGUGGCAUAAAGUACAAGUGACAAAUACCACUCACGAAGUUACAAAUUUAGAGACUGGGCAUGAAAUAAUGUUCAAAGUGGCAGCGAUAAAUUGUGCAGGAGUAGGACCUACAUCACACAACACAAAAUAUAUCAAGAUGGCAAGUCCAGGGUCAUUUACUCCACCCGUUAUUCAGGAACCUUUAUCUGACUUAUCAAUUGGAAUGGGUAAAUCGGCAGUGCUCCAAUGUGUAAUUACUGGAAAACCCACUCCGGAUAUUAAAUGGCUUAAGAACAAAACAGUGUAUAAAACAAAGACCACAUCCUUUGAAAACCAUGUGGCUAAGUUGACGAUCGCCGAGUGCAACGAAUCUACAACAGGCACUUACACCUGCCAAGCUACCAACGGAGCAGGUACUGCGCAAACAUCGUGUAAACUCAGCGUACAAGACGUACCUAAAAUUGAAGUCCAUGAAUCGGAGACUUCGCAAAUGAUUAGGGUGCGAAAUCAGUGGAAGGUCAAGGCUACAUACAAGGGUUAUCCAAGGCCAACCAUUUCGUGGCAGAAGAACAGCCAACCGUUACCAGUGGCUGAUAAACACAUAAGCGUAUACGAUGACGACAACGAAUGGUCUUCGACAAUAGCUAUAUACUCAGUGGAAAGACCUGACACCGGCGUUUAUACAAUAACAGCAUCGAACGCUGCCGGCACAGCCACUUGCAAUCUGAACCUCAAAGUCAUUGAUAAACCAAGCGCGCCGCAAGGCCCGAUGCGCAUUAAAGAAAUCAACUCGGACUCUGUGACGAUCGAGUGGAACAAGCCAUCAGAUGACGGUGGGUUGGACAUAUCAUCAUAUCAAGUUGAAAGGUGCAACGUGGGCAAGAUGAUCUGGUCCAAGGUGGCCGACGUAGACCACGACGUGUCAGCAUACAGCGUGCAAAAGUUACACGAAGACGCCGAGUAUAUGUUUAGGGUUUGCGCUCAAAACGCUGUUGGCGCAUCAGAAUUUUUGGACAGUGAACCUGUCACCGUCAAAUGUCGAUACCAUAAACCAUCGGCACCACAAGGACCUUUGCAGAUCACGGGUGUGACGGACACAUCGUCGACAAUCGCUUGGUUACCACCUCUUGAUAAUGGUGGAAUAGCGAUCGAAGACUAUUGCGUAGAAAUCAAGGAGGUAGACAAAAAAGCUUGGAGAAAGAUUGGUUCCACGAAAGACUUACAUAUAAAGGUAUUGGACUUGAAGAAGGGGUCUUCCUACGACAUCAGGAUAACGGCUAGGAAUCAUGUGGGAUACGGAAAACCGUAUCAACCAGACGAACCGAUUGUGGCAGGCAAACGCAUAACUUCACCAUCGCCGCCAACAGAAUUCACUGCUAGUGACAUCACCAGUAAAAGCGUUACGUUGCAUUGGGGCCCGCCAGAAAGUAAUGGUGGAUCUGAAAUCACAGGUUAUGUAAUUGAAAAGCAGCUGAACGCCACAAACAAGUGGUUCAAAGUAGCCACGUUAGAACCAACCGUAAUGAAAUAUUGCGUAGAAAACUUGAAAGAAAAAUCAGAAUAUUUCUUCAAGAUCUAUGCAGAAAAUUGCAUCGGCCUAAGUCAACCGGUCGAAACGAAAUUAGUCAGUCUGUUAACUCAUGCCACCGUUCCCUCGCCGCCAACCGCUCCGCUGGAAGUUAGGAACCUGAGUUCCAACGCAGUGAUCGUGGAAUGGGGCGUACCGGAAACGGAUGGUGGUUCUCCGCUGCUGGGUUACAACAUAGCAAUCCGGGACGAGAAGAAAACUAUGUGGAUGGAAGUCGGCCGGGUAGAAGCGGACGUGCAAAAGUUCAACAUCAAAGACUUACAGGAGAACCAUAGGUAUCAAAUUAGGAUACUGGCCAAAAACGAAGUGGGUGUUAGCGAACCACUGGAAACUGAAGAACCGUACACCGUACAAAAACCGACAGAUUAUUACGAGUCGGACGUUGAAGAAUCGGUAAUGGAGUCCAAACCGUCUUUGACGCAAACAUCAGAAACCACUACGUCAUGGCUAAGAGACAACAACAUGGACGCAGACAUAUCGUCUUAUUCAAACGCUGCGUUAUUGAAGAGGAGCGAAUACUUUUUCCGCAUUUGGUAUUACGCGAGAACGUUAUUCAAAUAAUAGGCACGCGUCAUUAUUAUUUUUAUUAUUAUUAUUAUUAUUAUUGAUAUUAUUACCUAUUUUUAUUAUUACCUAUUUUUAUUAUCACCUAUUACCCUUUAUUAUUACCUAUUUUUAUUGUCAAACUAACGUCAACAUAAGAAUGAGGUGGAAAUGUUUCGUAUUGACGUUCCCUGAGUCAAGAUGAAACUUUUUCACUAAUACCUGUGUUAUUGUUUUUUUUUUAAAUGAUUGUGAUAAAAAAAAUUGUUUUUAAUUUUAGUUUGAUACUUUCCCCCCUUCCCUUCCCAAAACCAUGUUUUU